AUGGCGAUGAAUAGGAUCCGCGGCGCCUUUGCGGUGCCUAGAAAAGGAGAGACCUUUGAGUUGCGAGCUGGUCUUGUCUCACAGUAUGCCUAUGAGAGAAAGGAGGCGAUUCAAAAGACGAUCAUGGCCAUGACCCUAGGCAAAGACGUUUCCGCUCUUUUCCCUGAUGUACUCAAGAAUAUUGCGACCACCGAUUUGGAGCAGAAGAAGCUAGUAUAUCUCUAUCUGAUGAACUACGCCAAAUCACAUCCAGACCUCUGCAUUCUCGCUGUCAACACCUUUGUACAGGACUCCGAAGACCCAAACCCCCUGAUCAGGGCACUCGCAAUCCGAACAAUGGGAUGUAUCCGGGUGGAUAAGAUGAUUGAUUACAUGGAAGAGCCGCUCCGAAAGACGCUGCGGGACGAGUCGCCGUACGUCCGCAAGACCGCUGCCAUCUGCGUUGCCAAGCUCUUCGAUCUAAGUCCGGCUAUGUGCUUGGAGAACGGCUUCCUCGAGAUGCUUCAAGAGAUGAUCGGAGACCCCAACCCAAUGGUCGUCGCUAACUCGGUCACCGCUCUGUCUGAAAUUCACCACGCUGCACCGGAAACCCAAGCCCUGCAGGUGACUCCGAACACCCUUCGGAAACUCCUGAUGGCGCUGAAUGAAUGUACUGAAUGGGGUCGAGUCACGAUUCUCACAACCUUGUCGGAGUACAGAACGAGCGCCGUGAAUGAGGCAGAACAGAUCUGUGAACGGGUUGCCCCUCAGUUCCAACACGCCAACCCUAGUGUGGUGCUGGCCGCCGUCAAAGCAGUAUUCCUUCACAUGAAACUGGUCAAUGCAGAGCUGUCCAGCAACUAUCUCAAGAAAAUGGCUCCUCCAUUAGUGACACUGGUUUCAUCCGCUCCCGAAGUACAAUAUGUCGCUUUGCGCAAUAUCGAUCUAUUGUUGCAGAAGCAGCCGGAUAUCCUGAACAAGGAACUUCGGGUUUUCUUCUGCAAGUACAAUGACCCGCCCUAUGUCAAAUUCCAGAAGCUCGAGAUUAUGGUGCGGAUAGCCAACGACCGGAACUUUGACCAGCUGCUAGCGGAACUAAAGGAGUAUGCUUUGGAAGUGGACAUGGAUUUUGUGCGCCGUGCAGUCAAGGCUAUCGGCCAGGUUGCCAUCAAGAUUGAGAGUGCUUGCGAGAAGUGCGUCAACACUCUGUUAGACCUUAUCAACACAAAAGUCAACUACGUGGUACAAGAAGCGAUUGUGGUGAUCAAGGACAUUUUCCGCAAGUACCCCGGAUACGAGGGCAUCAUUCCCACUCUUUGCAAGUGUAUUGACGAACUGGAUGAGCCCAAUGCUAGAGCCGCACUUAUAUGGAUCGUGGGUGAAUAUGCUGAGAAGAUUAGCAAUGCUGGCGAUAUCUUGGCAGGCUUUGUGGAAGGGUUCAACGAGGAAUUCUCACAGACCCAACUACAGAUCCUGACCGCUGUCGUUAAGCUCUUCUUGAAAAGACCUGACAAGGCUCAAGGCUUAGUCCAAAAGGUGCUGCAGGCAGCCACAGCAGAGAACGACAACCCCGACGUGCGUGACCGAGCCUACGUCUACUGGCGCCUGUUAUCAAACACCAGCGACACCAAUGCUGCCAGAAACAUUGUGCUUUCCAAAAAGCCUCCAAUCGUCACUACCAUUCAUUCCCUACCUCCUGCUCUUCUUGAGCAACUUCUAACCGAACUCUCCACGCUUGCGUCUGUUUACCAUAAGCCUCCAGAGCAAUUUGUUGGCCAGGGCCGCUUCGGUGCAGACGCUGUCCAGAAGGCAGCUAUUGAGGAACAACUCCAGAACGCUCGCGACAACCCAUUGGCUGCCGCAGCGGCUGCUGCAGUUGACGGUACGGCUGCUCCACAGCAACAAAGCAACGUCGAGAACCUUUUGGAUAUCGACUUCGAUGGCACCGCGCCUGCAUCUGCUCACAAGGAACCAAAUGGUGGCAUGUCCGGCCUGGAGGGUCUCGCCGGGACUCCUGUCCGGGUAGAGUCUCCCGCAGCUGGGGCACCUGCACCCUCAGGAAGCAAUAACUUGGAUGAUCUGCUUGGGGUUUUCGGGGACACACCCGCGCCCACGGCAAGCACAGCCGCUUCCCCCAAUGGCGGUGCUGGAGCUGAUUUGCUCAAUGGCUUUGGCGGGCUGGAUCUCUCUGGAGACGGCAUGUCUUCACCGCCGCCAGCAGGGGCAAGCCAGCCCAAGAAGACCAACGAAGACAUCUUGUCAUUGUUCUAG